GAGAGAGACGCUGAAGAAAUCACCCGCUGCUACUCGUACAGAUGUUGACAGGGCUCGUGCAGUGCAGCAGCAUCUUCGCAUUUCACUGUUUUUGAUAGAGGAGUCGCUCACUUUGUACCUUCAUCAUGGGAAAAGUUGAAGGCGGAAUGAAAUGUGUGAAAUAUCUCCUCUUCGUGUUCAACUUUAUAUUCUGGCUGAUGGGCUCGCUGGUUCUGGCUGUGGGACUCUGGCUAAGACUCGAUCCAAAUACCGUGUCACUUUUAGGAGAAGACGGGCCUGAUACCUUCUUUAUCGGGGUUUAUAUCCUCAUUGCGGCCGGGGGUCUGGUGAUGCUGGUGGGCUUCUUCGGCUGCUGUGGUGCUGUGAGGGAGUCUCAGUGCCUGCUGGGAUUGUUUUUCGCCUGUCUUCUAGUCAUCUUUGGAGCAGAAGUUGCAGCAGGAGUGUUUGGAUUUCUCAACAAAGAUAAGAUCAUUGAGGAAAUAAAACAAUUCUAUGACGACUCAGCCCAAGACACCAACAACAAUACAACUGUCCAGUCCUACCACAUCAUUCUGAACUGCUGCGGCUCACCUUCAACGCCCAAUUUGUGUCAAGAAAACGAAUCAAUCCAGAAAUGUGACGUGGCCAUUCAAGAGUUUUUCAACAGUAAGCUCUUCAUCGUCGGUUAUGUGGGAAUCGGAAUCGCAGGAGUCAUGAUUAUUGGGAUGAUCUUCAGUAUGGUCCUAUGCUGUGCAAUCCGGAACAGCAGGGAGGUGAUCUAGCACAGUCUUUCUCGGCCUUACACGCAUAUACAACAAUAACAUUCCAACCAAGUUCAAGGGGUUCUUCUGCCAUCCUAUAAACUCAGGAGCUGAAAGCAAACUCCAUGUCCACAAUCCUGUACACAUAAUCCGGUUUUAACCCUUUCAAAUUUCUGGGUUAUCAUUAUUUAAUGCCUACUGGUUAGGUGCCGAGCUGGAGUUUCCAAUUGCGACAAAAAAAAAGAAAAUGUGUUAAUAAUAUAAUUCAGAUUGUGAGUUCAGUUUUAGUGCACGCUGAUCUGCAUUUUCAUGCUAUUCUUGGCUGUUGCUGUGUGGCUUCACAUGUCAGAUAAAAAUAUUAUGUAAUGUGAUGCCAGGGAUUCUGUGGCAAAUCCACGGCUGGUGGGAACGGUAAGAAGACCCACUGACUGAUGCCUUUCACUUAAUGUUUAUACACAAAGAAAGCAGUCUUCUUUGUCACCAAGAGAUUGAACAUUUAUGAAUGAUCAAAACAACACACACAUGCACAGAAAGCCCUAAUCUCGCAUGCUGGAGAUCUUUAGAGGAAUCCUUGCAUUAUUGUUCAGUAAGUAAAUUUCCUUUCCACGUCACACCAACACAGUUCCAGCUCCGCUUUCUUGCGAUUGAACUCUGGCGAGGCUUCUGUUAUGCAACAGCUGAUAACGCCUGGUCUUCUGGGGCUCGAUGGAGCCAAAUCCACUCUUUCUCGCUGUGGAUCUUGUGGUGUGGUUAUUUUAUGCCUGUAUCUAUAAGUAAAGACUCAUCUGGUGCCUUAUACUGUCUGUCUGUGGUUGCGUACAACCAUCUGCGCUGUGAAUACGAAAUGGAUCAGACACGAAUAGCAUAUGAAUCAUUUGUUUGAUUCAUUCACCAGUUGAUAGCAGUCCAAGCAGCAUCCUUAAGGUUGGCAUGCUACUUCGAAAACUUCCAAAUUUAUAUGAAAUGCAUGAAUAAAUUACAUGUGCAUUUGGUGACCUCAUAUUAGAUUGGCCAUGUGAAUUCCUUUCUACAAUACCACACAUUCUUUUAUAAAAGGUAGAUUUGUUAAAUUUGUAUGUUAUUGGAUAGGACCAUGGAGUUAAGACAGGAAGUAAUUAGAGAGGGAAAUAGGAUCGGGAAAGGACUUCGAGCCAGGGCACGAACUCAGGUCACUCAAGGUACAUCUGCACCAUAUGGCGUAUUUUGAGGUUUUAAUUAGAUUUUGUUUUCCUGAUUUUCAACAACGUCUCACACUUUUGAACCCAAACAUGUUUGAUUUUUUUUUUUUUUUCAUCAAAUACCCUUCAACUUCAAAUGAUCAAAUUCAAAAUUGUCUCCAAACUGAAAUGAACACUUUUGUGUUACUACCAUUUCUGUGUACAUAUCUGUGUGAGAGUUUCAUAGUCAUAGUGAUCGUGAAGAUCUGUAUUGUGCGGUUGGUGUGUAUAGAGGCAGCUUUGGCCAGUGUUUUUUAUUUUGUAUUUUUUUGCAUUUGAAUAUUAAGGUGCCUUCUUUAAUUGUCCGAAAACACAACUUAAAGGGUUCAUUCAGUCAGAAUUAAAGAAUUAAAAUGUCUUUCUUUCUUCUGGGAAAAUAUUUCAGUUUCAAUGCAGCUUUAAAGAGCUCUACACAAUCCCAGCAGAGGAAUAAGGGUCAACUGAUGGUUUUCUUUUUUUAAUCGCAUAUUUCGGUUCAUAAAUGUAGGGUAGGGCGAAAAACUCAACAUCUUCCGACAACGUUGUUUUACCUUUUGUUUUAUUUUGUUGUAAAUGCCGCUUGACUUAGUCUUGGCACGUUUGAUUUGUAAACACUAGGUCUGUACUUCCACCUACGUCACGCUUGACCUUUCAACAUGAUUACGUGAUGCGUGGCGCAUCACAGCUAGUGCAAGAUGAGCAUUUAUGGUUGAAAAGUAUAUAAAUGUUUCCUUUUUUAGAAAAUGACAGAUGGUUUGGCUAGACAAGAACCUUAUUCCUCGGCUGGGAUCGUGUAGAGUCUUUGAAACUGCAAUUUGGACCUUUUUGCCGUUGUGCCCCAUUGAAGUCCAUUAUAUGGAUAAAAAUCCUGGAAUGUUUUCCUCAAAAACCUUAAUUUCUUUUCGACUGAAGAAAGAAAAACAUGAACAUCGUGGAUGACGUGUCGGGGGGUGAUUAAAUUACAAGAAAAUUGUAAUUCUGAAGUGAACUAAUCCUUUAAUAUUUUGUUGAAAUAUUCUUUUUUCAUGAAGGAUUGGAAAUGGGACAAAAUCUCUCUUUUUUAUUAUUUAUAAUGGGAUAGCCAUUGGUUGGUCAGAUAUAUUUCUGCUGGUGCAUCACUGCUGAAGUUCCUCAAGCUGAAGUGGCAUUAGAGUAGCGAUUGGGAUACGUCGUAGUCGAUGCUAACAGAGAGUAACGCAUGAAACAAGUGUUUCGUUCACAUUUAAUGUUGAAGUAGUUCUGUCCUCAUACCCAACGGCAACCCGUCUGUGGUUGUUCAGACUGUAAAAUAACUAGAAUGGAGCAUGUAGCUUUUGAGACUGUGUUGUAAACAAUUUUUAAUGUGUCAUUCUUACAAUUUGUGUAAACGAUGUAGAGAUUGUUUGUACUGUAAACAUAACACUGCAGUUUUUUGAUGUUAGUGUUUAUAAUUUGUGUGUUUAAUUUAUUUUCUGGAGAACAAGUUCAAAAAUAGCGUUCGCGUGUCUCAGGAAAAUUGCAGCACGAGAACAAAUAAACUUGUUUGAAGUUUC